UGCUACAAGGUGUAGCUCAUCUGAAAGCAAUCAGCUGGGCUUCUUAUGGAGUGGAAACCCAGAGGGAGGCGUCAGACCAGCUAGACCUCUGCUUCUGUGCAGAUUUCUCCGAUCACCUUGUUUUCUCCCCUGCCUUGCAGAUCGACCUUCUACCAAAGGCAUCUGUGGAAUCUCUCUGGUCUCCAGUCUCACUUGUGUCAUGUUCAGAGGAGUUUGGAAACUCCAGCCUCGACGCCCUACCCCUGAGCCUCCACUCUGCUUCCAACUCCAAACCCUUCUUCUCAGGAGCCACCUACACCUAACCAGGAACCUGCCUGUCCACCCUCCAACGUUAACUCUCCAACCACAGUGGAGUUUCCCGGAAGAGAAGAAGCACAAGCAAAGAAACAAAGUAAUUCACCUUCUAAAAACUAUGGACUGCCUGUCAGCCUCAAGCCACCGUGGAAAAAGGGACGUAUUACUCCCCCCGGCAUUACCAUGAACUCAACCCCUGGUGUUUGGGCUAAAAUAUUCCCCAAGGGCCAUUCUAACAAGUGGUGUCAGGAGUGGGAUUGGAGUCACAGAGUGGAGUUAAGGAUGACAAAAGAAAGAGAAAAGAAAAAGCAGGACCAACAGGUGGAGCCUGAUGAUGGAGUAAAGCCAUCCACUGCUCAGGGGGGCGCAGCAGCUAGCAACCCUGAGGAGAAGAUUGAGGAGCUUACAGAUUUGGUUAAAUCACUCAUUCGGUCUCAGGCAGCAAGAGAUCAGCAGAUGGAAAAAGAUGCCUCCCGUCAAGAGCAAAAAUGGAAAAGUAUGCAGCACCAGUUUCAGCAAAUACAGCUACAAGUUCAUGAAAUGCAGCAAGACCCUAGAGGUGAACCGCGAGAGUCUGGAGCAUGGCGGCCUCAAGCUGACAGUGAUCCAGGUGAGGGGACAAGCCAACCAACCAAUCCUAUUAGACCAGAGAGGGAUCUCAGCAUGCACAGUAAACCUAAAUUGCAUCCUCUUUCAUCUAAUGAUGAUAUUGAACAUUUUUUGACUUCUUUUGAAAGAAUGGCUCAAGUCUGUCGAUGGCCAAGAGAUGAAUGGGCUAUCCGGCUUAUUCCCCUACUGACUGGUAAGGCACGAAGUGCUUAUGUCUUAAUGGAUAUUGCAGACUCAGAAGAUUAUGAAAAGGUGAAGGCAGCCAUAUUGCAAAAAUAUGAGAUUACAGCUGAAACCUAUCGUCGACGUUUCCGUUCUUUGGACUAGAGGCUGACAUUUUUUCGGGAGUCCCACGGGUCACGGGAUUCCCAUGGGAAUCCCGCGGGACGGGAGACAGCAUUAGUAAAGAUCAC